AUGGAGCCCCGUGCGGCUUCGCUUAACGUGUAUAACGAAGUCGGAAGAGACGUUUUUUGUUCCCAGCAGCACUCGGGGCAGAGCUUCUCUCUGUGGAAGGUUCGCCUGAUAAAGAGGUACACCCUCCGCACCCUUGAGGUACAGACCAUGGGAGCUCUGAGCAGUCGGAUCCUGAGGCGCCAGGGAGUUCGUGCUCCAGAGGAACCAGGUGCCGCUAGGGAACAGGCGGAGGCGUCUGGGGAGGCGGAAGUGGUAGUGGAGAGAGAGGAAGAGCGUGAAGAGAACAGACCCACUACCAGUCAGGGCGGCCGCAAGCGGAGGGCCAGUCCUGGCGGGCCACUGACAAAAACCCUCCCUGGGAAGCGUGCCAAAGACAAAUCCUUGUCCGUUUAUGAGGCACUCUUCCUGAGGGGUGAAGACAGUGACGUACAGAUCCGGGCAUUGGGGGAGGAAUGGAACUUGCACAGAGUCUACCUUUGCCAGUCAGGGUACUUUGCGAGCAUGUUCAGCGGUGCCUGGCGGGAGACAAACAUGGAUACGAUAGAGCUACAGAUGCCUGACGAGAACAUUGAUAGUGAAGCCCUGCAUGAGGCUUUGGGCUCUUUAUAUCGCAAUGUAGUUACCAUCCCUCCCAGCCGAGUUGUCACUAUGCUGGCCACAGCCAGCAUGCUGCAGCUGGAUGAGCUAAUUCAGCAGUGUGAGGAGGUCAUGAAGGAGAGGGUGAGUGCCGAGACCGUGUGCAGCUACUUCUACGCUGCCGACAGCUAUGGGCUCCAGAACAUCAGGGCCAUGUGCUUCCAGUGGCUGCUGGACAACCUGAUGACACAUUGUACUGAGGAGCUACUGCGAGAAAUCAGCCUGGAUCUAAUGAAGGAAAUCAUCACCUCCUCAGAGCUCUUGGUGAUGGAAGUGGAAAUGGACGUGUACAUCACGCUGAAAAAGUGGAUGUUUCUGCAAUUGCAGCCCACAUGGAAAGGCUCCCGAAAAGCACUGCUGCCUGAUGCGGACUCGUGCUUUGCCAGGUACAAGAGGGAGGCAGAAGGUGUCCCUUUCCUAGAAAGCGAGCAGGGUAGAGCAUUUGUGCCAGCAUUCCAGCAGCUGCGGCUCGCCUACAUAAUUUGUGACCUGCCUGCUGCUCGUGUCAUUGACCAGGAUGCGCUGAUCCCUGCCUCGUGGUUAACCCCGGUGUACAAAGAGCAAUGGCUUGCACUCCUCCGGGCUGAACAGACAAGGGAUCUGGGACGCACAGAUAUCUAUGUGUCAGACCUCCAGGGGAACAGCAUGCGGUGCGGGGGACAGCUUCUCAGGGAUGAGCAGCAUAGCUGGAGGUGGGCUGGCUUCAAUUUCGGCUGGGACUUGGUGGUGUGCUAUGCCAACAGGCGCAUCAUUUUCCGGCGCAGUGCACUGAAUAAGUCCUGUGGCCUUGGGAUCAGCUUACUCUGGCAAAGAAAAGUUGCAUUCCGCCUCCGCCUGGCCUCAUUGGACAGAGUUGGCAGAGCCACUUUCAGGGAAGACACAGGAUUCCAGAUGCUUUCCCUUGGAAAGGAUGAAGAGCUAGAGGUAGUAAAUCUGGAGAACCAAGAUGUGGUCUUCCCCAUAUAUGUGGCCUGUAACUUCUUAUACCUCCCCAGAGAGAGAAGCACUGCUCAGAGUGAAGACCCCUGCACGAGCCCAGAGAGCUGA